CAGGACGGAACAAAGGUUCAAGAGGUUAGGAAUUGGUGAGGGUGUCAACACAGGAUGCAAAGGGUUAAAAGCAAAGGAGUCGGAGAGUCCAGCUGACACCGACACACCUUGGUUGCCUGGGGUUUAACGCCCGGGCGGGCAGUGUCAGACCCCCUAGGGUCACCGCUACACACCCCGGACCCUGGACAGCGCCGGUCACUGAUGGACCUGAGCCUCCCCGGCGCCCCGCCCUCCCUUAAACCUCAGGGGGCGGAGCCCCAGGCCGCUUCCGUGGCCGCUGGUGCGCGGAGAGACGCCGGCCCUGCUGCGCCUGCGCGGCUGCUACGUCCCGCGGGGAGGGCGGGUCCCGCUUCUGCUUCCGGGCGGCGGGAGGCGCGUGUCCCGCAGUGGGGGCGGUGCGGCCGUGGGGCCUCUUCCCGGGGCUCCCCUUCCGCGCGCCCGGGACUGUUGACCUUCGGGGACGUGGCAGUCAGGUUCUCGCAGGACGAGUGGGAAUGCCUGGCGCCUGCCCAGCGGGCCUUGUACAGGAGCGUGAUGCAGGAGAACUACAGGAACCUGGUCUCUGUGGCGGUGUCUUCUCAGUAUGAAAAAGCCUUGUUACCCGAGCAAGCCGUAAAAGACUCAUUCCAAAGAGUGCUCCUGGGAAGAUGUGGGAGCUGUGACCCUGGGGACUCACACCUGAGGACACACUGGGACGGGGAGGCUGAGCAUGGAGGGCAGGACGGCCGUCACGGAGGAGUGCAGAGCCACGGGAGGAGCCCAUGGGAUAAGCCCUUUCCCGUCAGUCGGGACCCACAUCCCGGGGUGACUCAGGACAAAACCCAGUUCAAGUCAGUUACUGUUACAGAAGAAUGUGUUUCUGUGAGUAAAUGUCAUCAUCCAGUUUUGAAACAUAACUUUUCUCCAAAAGAAAUUUCUCCAAAAGAAAACCUGGAAAAUCUGAAAAUUGAGGAGGGCCAUGGUGCAAAUUAUCAGUUGAAUCAUUUUAAGUAUAGCAAUUCACUAGACAUCAAGUCAUACCAUUUGGAUGACCAAAGAUACAAUGAGGAAAAAUUGUGUAAAGAUGCUAAAAUUGCAAUUUCCUUGAUAAAGGAUUCAUUAUUCUGUCAUGAACAAAUAAUACCUAGUUGUGCCGAAACCUACAGUUUUGAGAACUCUCAGAGAGAUUCCAUCUACCCAUCAUUUUUUAAUGAAUAUCAGUGUAUAGAUAAUGAGGAAGAACCUUACAUGCAUAAUAAUACUAGGCAGGCCUUUAGGAUGGGCUCGCUAUUAAGUAAUUGCCAAGGUAUUUACAUUCAGAAGAGAGCAUAUCAAUCUGCAGAACAUGGAGUAAAGUAUAACAGAGGAUCACUCCACAGAGAACAGCAGAGGGCUCAGAUUCCAGAAAACCGUUGCCCGUGCAGUAACUGUGGACAAGUCCUUGAGGAAUCGUCAAACAUUAUCAGGCACGACGGUGUCCACAUUGGAGAGAUGACUUACAAAUAUAAGGAGAUUGGGAAAACUUUUAAACAUUUCUCGAAAGUGAUUAAACAUCGGAGAACUCACACUGGUGAGAAAGCUUGCAGAUGUAAAGAAUGUGGGAAAGCCUUCAGUCAGUCUUCGCCCCUAGAUUAUCAUGAGAGGAUCCAUCCUGGACAGAAACCAUAUGAAUGUACAGAAUGCAGCAAAUCCUUUACUUGUUUUUCAGGUCUUUCUAUCCACCUGAGAAUUCAUACGGGAGAGAAACCUUACAAGUGUAAAGAAUGUACCAAAUCCUUUAGUUUUCGCACAAGUCUUAUUGUGCACCAGAGAACUCAUACGGGAGAGAAACCCUACAAAUGUAAAGAAUGUGGCAAAACCUUUAAGUGGGGUUCAUGCGUUACAGAACAUGAGAGAAUUCAUUCUGGACAGAAACCUUACAAAUGUAAAGAAUGCAGCAAAUCUUUUACUCGUUCAUCACAUCUAACUGAGCACCUGAGAAUUCAUACAGGAGAGAAACCUUAUAAGUGUCAGGAAUGUGGCAAAGCUUUUAGGUGGAGCUCCAAACUUACUGAACAUCAGAGAGUUCAUUCUGGACAAAAACCUUACAAAUGUGAAGAAUGUGGCAAGUCCUUCACUUACUUCUCAAGUCUUUUUGAGCACAGGAGAAUUCAUACAGGAGAGAAACCUCACAUGUGUGAAUUAUGUGGCAAAGCCUUUAUAUGCAGGUCACACCUUUCUCGGCAUCGGAGAAUUCAUUCUGGACAGAAGCCUUACAAAUGUGCAGAAUGCAGCAAAUCCUUUACUUGUUCCUCAAGUCUUACUGUGCACCUGAGAAUUCAUACAGGAGAGAAACCUUACAAAUGUGAGGAAUGUGGCAAAGCAUUUAUAUGCAGGUCAUUCCUUACUCAACAUCAGAGAACUCAUUCUGGACAGAAUCCUUACAAAUGUAAAGAAUGCAGCAAAUCCUUUGCUCGUUCCUCACGUCUUACUAUGCACCAGAGUAUUCAUACAGGAGAGAAACCUUAUAAGUGUAAAGAAUGUGACAAAGCCUUUAUAUAUUCAUCAUCUCUAAGUAAACAUAAGAAAGUCCAUACUGUAUAGAAAUAUCACCACUGUGAAGAAUGUAGCAAAGACUUUAGUUAUUCAUUAUAUCUAAAUGCACAUAAGAAAAUCCAUAGUGGUGAGAGACCUUAUAAAUGUAAAGAAUGCAGAAAAUCUUUUUAUGUACCUCAAAACUUACUCUCCACCAGAGAAUUUAUACAAGACAGAAACCUUACAAAUGUAUGGAAUGUGGCAAAGCCUUUAACCUGUUCUCAAGCCUUACUGCACACCAGAGAACGCAGCAUAUACUGGAGACAUCCUUGAUCUACCCACUGAUGUAGAAGUUUUGUGUAAAGCAUAAAAUGUAGAGAUCCUGGAAAUUUCCCAAUGGGAGAAAAGUACAAGUAGAGAGUGGGAAAGCUCUCACCCGUCCCUCAAAUAUUAUUGUAUAUGAGAAAAUUCACAGCGGAGAGAAAACACCUAUAUGAUUUAUGUCGGAAGACCUUGAUCAAGACAUUCACCAUAAAAACAUGAGAGUCUUCAUCAUGGAAAGAAACUACAGGAGCAGAAUAUGUGGGAAAAUAGGGAAAAUAUUUAACUGAACAUCUGAAUUAACCUCAAAUGAUUUACAUAAGAAAGGACUAAGACACCACAUUUUUUUCAGAGGUGACUCAAAGUAUUUAUUACAAAAUUGUCAGGUAAUUGAUUAUAAUUUGUGUCAGUGAGAGGAUGGAUUUUGGAUAGUAUAAUAUUAACAUGUUUCUUGUUUUGACAUUAUCUGAGACUUUGAAAAUCUGGUAUUAUGGAUGUCGUUGACCACUCAUUUCAGUUGUCACUGUGCACCCUCUCCUAAUAUUUGUGAUCAUGUGUUCCGGUUGUUGCCGAGGAGAGCGAGAGCCCCUCCUCUGCGAGGUGUGCAUCAUCCGUCAUUUCUCUUCCCAGCAGUACCAAUAACACUUCGGUGUAAAAUGUGUUCAGGAAAGCUAAAUAGAGGUGCUUUUCAAAUGGUGAGUUUUCAUGAGGUUUAAGUAAGUGUGAAUUAUACCAUCAGGGAAUCAUUCUUAUGUAUUUAAGAAAUAUCUAAAUUUCAGAAAUGAAUCGUUAUACCUGUUUCUCAUUAAGGACAGUCCACUGGCUAUUCCUUUAAAAUGCUGGGACAGGAGCCAUGGUGACAUGAGUACAACAGUGGAAAUCUCCUCCCAAAAACAUACAUAUUUUUGAAAAUACAACAAAUACAACUAUUCGUAAAAGAGACCAGAAGAUACAGGACAACAUCCAGACCACAUCCGCACCUGAGAGAACCCAGCGCCUGGUGAAGGGGGUAAGAUACAAGCCCCGGCCCGGCAGGACCAGAGCACCCCUCCCCCCAGCUCCCAGCGGGAGGAGAGGAGUCGGAGCUGGAGGGAGACAGAGCCCAGGACUGCCGAACACCCAGCCCCCGCCAUCCGGGCCAGAGCGCAGACACAGGGCGUGGUGUGCUGGAUACUAGGGAAACAGGGCAGCAAGACCUGUGGGGGGUCCCUGCAGCCGGCACACCUGGGACAAAAAAAAGCGAGUGCUCUUUGAACGUCUUAAAGGGACAGGGGCCCCACAGCUGGACGGAAGCAUCCUGGGACACUCAGCCUAGCAGCUGGGAAUCCAGGGAAACCCUUGGUGCACUAACCCCGUGGGCGACAGGGCAGCUCUAGGGCCCCUCACGGUAAUAAACAGCCUCCCGCCCCUCCCCCCUCUGGUGCGGCCUCGCCAUAGCGAAUAGCAGCCGGGGCUGGCCACGCCCACAUCAGCCACACGCAGCUGCACAGCGGCCCCGGCAAGAAUCAGACCCGGUCUGCACGCAGCUGCCCAGCACAAGCCGCUAGGGGUCGCCGUUCUCCCAGGAGAGGAACGCGAGGAGCCGGCAGGAAGGGGUUUUGUUCUCACAGCUGACGCGCACCGUCUGCCCAUCGCCACGAAAAGGCAGGAAAUUUUGAUUCAGACCAGAAUCACACAGACAUCCUCCCCUGAGAGGGAACCUGGGGAGAUAGACCUAAAUAUCUUCCUGAAAAAUAAUUCAAAGUAAAGGUCAUAACCAUGCUGAUGGACUUGCAGAGAAAUAUGCAAGAGCUAAGGAGGGAGAAUACAGAAAUAAAACAAGCUCUGGAAGGACUUCGAAGCAGAAUGGACGAGGUGCAAAUGGCCAUUGAUGGAAUAUAAAUCAGAGAACAGGAACGCAGAGAAGCUGAUGCAGACAGAGAUAAAAGGAUCGACAGGAAUGAAAGAAUAUUGAGAACUGUGACCAAUCAAAACACAGCAAUAUCUGCAUUAUAUGGGUACCAGGAAGAAGAAGAGAAAGAAAAAAGGGAUAGAAAGUGUAUUUGAAGAAAUAAUUGCUGAAAACUUUCUCAAACUGGGGGAGGAAAAAGCCUCUGAGACCACAGAAGCACACAGAACUCCCAACACAAGGGACCCAAGGAGAACAAAACCAAGACACAUAAUAAUUAAAAUGGCAAAGAUCAAGGACAAGGACAGAGUAUUAAAGGCAGCCAGAGAGAAAAAAGGUCACUUGCAAAGGAAAACCCAUCAGGCUAUCAUCAGCCUUCUCAACAGAAACCUUACAGGCCAGAAGAGAAUGGCAUGAUAUAUUUAAUGCAAUGAAACAGAAGGGCCUUGAAACAAGGGUACUGUAUCUAGCAAGAUUACCAUUUAAAUACAAAAGAGGGAUUAAACAAUUUCCAGACAAGCAAAAGUUGAGGGAAUUUCCCUCCACAGACUGCCUCUACAGGGAAUUUUAGAGGGAUUGCUCUAGAUGGGAGCACUCCUAAGGCUAAACAGAUGUCACCAGAGAAAAUAAAAUCACAGCAAAGAAAGCGGAACAGUCAAAUACUAACUAAAGGCAAAAAAUAAAAUCAACUACCCACAAAAGCAGUCAAAGGAAACACUAAAGAGCACAGAAUAAAACACCCAACAUAUAAAGAAUGGAGGAGGAGGAACAAGAAGGGAGAGAAAUAAUCAUCAGACAGUGUUUAUAAUAGCCCAAUCAGUGAGUUAAGUUAGAUAGUAAGAUAGUAAAGAAGCUAACCUUGAACCUUUGGUAACCAUGAAUCUAAAGCCUGCAAUGGCAAUAAGUACAUAACUUUCAGUAAUCACCAUAAAUGUAAAUGGACUGAAUGCACCAAUCAAAAGACAGAGUAAUAGAAUGGAUAAAAAAGCAAGACCCAUCUAUAUGCUGCUUACAACUCACCUCAAAACCAAAGACAUGCACAGACUAAAAGUGAAGGGAUGGAAAAAAAUACUUCAUGCAAACAACAAGCACAAAAAAGCAGGUGUUGCAGUACUAGUAUCAGACAAAGUAGACUUCAAAACGAAGAGAGUAACAAGAGAUAAAGAAUGACAUUACAUAAUGAUAAAGGGCUCAGUCCAAGAAGAGGAUAUAACCUUUAUAAAUAUAUAUGCACCUAGUACAGGAGCACCAGCAUAUGUGAAACAAAUACUAACAGAAUUAAAGGAGGAAAUAGAAUGCAGUGCAUUCAUUCUGGGAGACUUCAACACACCACUCACUUCAAAGGACAGAUCCACCAGACAGAAAAUAGGUAAGGACACAGGCACUGAACAACACACUAGAACAGAUGGACCUAAUAGACAUCUACAGAACUCUACAUCCAAAAGCAACAGAAUGUACAUUAUUCUCAAGGGCACAUGGAACAUUCUCCAGAAUAGACGACAUACUAGGCCACAAAAGGAGCCUCAGUAAAUUCCAAAAGAUUGAAAUCCUACCAACAGCUUCUCAGACCACAAAGAUAUAAAAAUAGAAAAAAUUUUACAAAGCAACAAAAAGGCUCACAAACACAUGGAGGCCUAACAACAUGCUCCUAAAUAAUCAAUGGAUCAACGAACAAAUCAAAAUGGAGAUCCAGCAAUAUAUGGAAACAAAUGACAACAACAACACAAAGCCCCAACUUCUGUGGGACACAGCAAAAGCAGUCUUAACAGGAAAGUACAUAGCAAUCCAGGCAUAUUUAAAGAAGGAAGAACAAUCCCAAAUGAAUAGUCUAAUGUCACAAUUAUCGAAAUUGGAAAAAGAACAAAUGAAGCCUAAGGUCAGCAUAUGGAGGGACAUAAUAAAGAUCAGAGACGAAAUAAAUAAAAUUGAGAAGAAUAAAAUAAUAGAAAAUAUCAAUGAAACCAAGAGAUAAUUCUUCGAGAAAAUAAACAAAAUAGAUAAGCCUCUAGCCAGACUUAUUAAGAGAAAAAGAGAGUCUACACACAUCAACAGAAUCAGAAAUGAGAAAGGAAAAAUCAUGACGGACCCCACAGAAAUACAAAGGAUUGUUAGGGAAUACUAUGAAAACCUAUAUGCUAACAAGCUGGCAAACCUAGGAGAAAUGGACAACUUCCUAGAAAAAUACAACCUUCCAAGACUGACCCAGAAAGAAACAGAAAAUCUAAACAGACCAAUUCCCAGCAAUGAAAUUGAAGCAGUAAUCAAAAAACUACUCAAGAACAAAACCCCCUGGCCAGAUGGAUUUACCUCAGAAUUUUAUCAGACAUACAGAGAAGACAUAAUACCCAUUCUCCUUAAAGUUUUCCAAAAAAGACAAGAAGAGGGAAUACUUCCAGACUUAUUCUAUGAUGCCAGCAUCACCCUAAUACCAAAACCAGGCAAGGACACCACCAAAAAAUAAUAAAACUACAGACCAAUAUCCCUGAUGAACAUAGAUGCAAAAAUACUCAACAAAAUAUUAGCAAGGUGAAUUAAAAAAUACAUCAAGAGGAUCAUACACCAUGACCAAGUGGGAUUCAUCCCAGGGAUGCAAGGAUGGUACAACAUUAGAAAAUCCAUCAACAUCAUCCACCACAUCAACAAAAAGGACAAUAAUCACAUGAUCAUCUCCAUAGAUGGUGAAAAAGCAUUCGACAAAAUUCCACAUCCAUUCAUGAUAAAAACUUUCAGCAAAAUGGAUAUAGAGGGCAAGUACCUUAACAUAAUAAAAGCUAUAUAUGAAAAACCCACAGCCAACAUCAUAUUGAACAGCGAGAAGCUGAAAGCAUUUCCUCUGAGAUCGGGAACAAGACAGGGAUGCCCACUCUCCCCACUGUUACUCAACAUAGUACUGGAGGUCCUAGCCAUGGCAAUCAGACAAAACAAACAAAUACUAGGAAUCCAGAUUGGUAAAGCAGAAGUUAAACUGUCACUAUUUGCAGAUGACAUGAUAUUGUACAUAAAAAACCAACCCUAAAGACUCCACUCUAAAACUACUAGAACUGAUACAGGAGUACAGCAAAGUUGCAGGAUACAAAAUUAACACACAGAAAUCUGUAGCUUUCCUAUACACUAACAGUGAACUAAGAGAAAGAGAAAUCAGGAAAACAAUUCCAUUCACAGUAGAAUCAAAAGAAUAAAAUACCUAGGAAUAAACCUAACCAAGGAAGUGAAAGACCUAUACCCUGAAAACUAUAAGACACUCUUAAGAGAAAUUAAAAGGUCACUAACAAAUGGAAACUCAUCCCAUGCUCUUGACUAGGGAGAAUUAAUAUCAUCAAAAUAGCUAUCCUGCCUAAAGCUAUAUACAGAUUUGAUGCAAUCCCUAUCAAACUACCAACAGCAUUCUUCAAUGAACUGGAAGAAAUAGUUCAAAAAUUCAUAUGGAAACACCAAAGACCCUGAAUAGCCAAAGCAAUCCUGAGAAGGAAGAAUAAAAUGGGGGGGGGGUGAUCUCUCUCCCCAACUUCAAGCUCUACUACAAAACCCUAGUAAUCAAGACAGUUUGGUACUAGCACAAGAACAGAGCCACAGACCAGUGGAACAAAAUAGAGUCUCCAAACAUUAACCCAAACAUAUAUGGUCAAUUAAUAUACAAUAAAGAAGCCAUGGACAUGAAAUGGGAGAAAUGACAGCCUCUUAAACAGCUGGUGUUGGCAAAACUGGACAGUUGCAUGUAAGAGAAUGAAACUAGAUCUCUGUCUAACCCCAUACAGAAAAGUAAAUUCAAAAUGGAUCAUAGACCUGGAUGUAAUUCAUGAAACCAUAAAACUCUUAGAAAAAAACAUAGGCAAAAAUCUCUUGGACAUAAACAUGAGUGACUUCUUCAUGAACAUAUCUCCCCGGGCAAGGGAAACAAAUGCAAAAGUGAACAAGUGGGACUAUAUUAAGCUGAAAAGCUUCUGUACAGCAAAGGACACCAUCAAUAGAACAAAAAGGCAUCCUACAGUAUGGGAGAAUAUAUUCAUAAAUGACCUAUCUGGUAAAGGGUUGACAUCCAAAAUACAUAAAGAGCUCACUCACCUCAACAAACAAAAAGUGAACAAUCCAAUUAAUAAAUGUGCAGAGGAGCUGAACAGAUAGUUCUCCAAAGAAGAAAUUCAGAUGGCCAACAGACACAUGAAAAGAUGCUCCACAUCGCUUGUCAUCAGAGAAAUGCAAAUUAAAACCACAAUGAGAUAUCACCUCACAUCAGUAAGGAUGGUUACCAUCCAAAAGACAAACAACAACAAAUGUUGGCGAGGCUGUGGAGAAAGGGGAACCCUCCUACACUGCAGGUGGGAAUGUAAAUUAGUUCAACCAUUGUGGAAAGCAGUAUGGAGGUUCCUCAAAAAGCUCAAAAUAGAAAUAUCAUUUGACCCAGGAAUCCCACUUCUCGGAAUUUACCCUAAGAAUGCAGCAGCCCAGUUUGAAAAAGACAGAUGCACCCCUAUGUUUAUUGCUGCACUAUUUACAAUAGCCAAGAAAUGGAAGCAACCUAAGUGUCCAUCAGUAGAUGAAUGGAUAAAGAAGAUGUGGUACAUACACACAAUGGAAUAUUAUUCAGCCAUAAGAAGAAAACAAAUCCUACCAUUUGCAACAACAUGGAUGGCGCUAGAGGGUAUUAUGGUCAGUGAAGUAAGCCAGGCAGAGAGACAAGUACCAAAUGAUUUCACUCAUAUGUGGAGUAUAAGAAAAGGAAAACUGAAGGAACAAAACAGGAGCAGAAUGACAGAACCCAAGAAUGGACUAACAGUUACCAAGGGGAAAGGGACUGGGGAGGAUGGGUGGGAAGGGAGGGAUAAGGGCAGGGAAAAAGAAAGGGGGCCUUACGAUUAGCAUGUAUAAUGGGGGGGCAUGGGGAGGGCUGUGCAACACAGAGAAGAGAAGUAGUGAGUCUACAGCAUCUUACUAUGCUGAUUUACAGUGAUUGUAAUUGGGUUUUUUGGGGGGACCUGGUGAAGGGGGAAGCCCAGUAAACAUAAUGUUUUUCAUGUAAUUUUAGAUUAAUGAUAUCAAAAUUUAUAAAUAAAGGAGAAUGAGUGUUUCCAUCA